GCGCCAAAAUCGUUCGUCUUCUUCCUGCAUGCUCUUUCGUCUUCGUACCAGAAACCGCAAAAUUUUCGACUGACAUUCCUCUUUCUCUCUUAUUUCUGAACAAAAUCUCUCCCCAAUAUCUCUUCAUAUUGAUUCCCACUCCAUCCAAUUCUGCUCAUCGAGAUAUGCUCCUUUUUCAAGCUUUCGAUUCUCAGGUUUCUUCUAAACCCAAUUUCCUCUUCCCUCAUUCUUUUAUGUACGUUUACAGCGGAUUGUAGCGUUGUUGAGUGGGGUGUAGUGAUUCUUACUUCCUCCUUCAUUAGGCUUCUCGGUUACCCUAGCACCGGAAGUUUUUCUCAGUUGGAGCUUGUUCGACGUUUCUUUGUUGGGCUUCAUAAAUGGCUCCCAGGGAGCGAAUUAAAAAGCGGGGUAACUUACGAAUUGAUGCUGCGCUGGAUGCUAUGAAUCCUUUCGGAUUUCAUCCGAAGUUGGUUCGUGACACGGUCAAGGAGCUCCUCAGUGUGUAUGGAGGAGACGAAGGAUGGGUAUUCAUUGAAGAAGGCUCUUAUACUCUCUUGAUUGAUACCCUUCUCGAGAAACGGAAAGAUGGUGCAAUAGAGAAGGUUCAUGAAGAGGAUGGAAGAAUUGCAGAUCUUCAGGAGACCUCUGAAGCGGGCUGUUCCUCGAAUGUUGUUAAUGAAGCUUCCACAUCUAAUCCUGGGGCUGAGAUUACCGUGAAACCGACUGAGGGUGUAAUCUCAUCGUACGUGGACAAUGAACCUUUCAGGAUCACAGCCACAGUACCUGCAAAUGAUUCAGAUGAAAGAUACUGGAAGGAGGAGGAUAUAGGUUCUGGUGUUGCUGAUAACCAUUUUAUAAGGAGUUCUAUGAACCAGUCUUUACUGGCGGCACAUACCCCGAAAAUAAGGAGGCGAAAACCUUAUCACGGGUGGAUCUCCUCCAGUGGCGACGACAGGGAAGACUUGGUGCACUUGACACCAGCUCAAUUGCCUGAGGAGUUUGCCAGGAAACAAUCCCAUUUGCUUGCGGUGUAAGGAAAAGAAAUUUCACCCUCUCUUGUUUGCUUGGGUAACUUU